AUCUUCAUUAUUUAGUUAAUUUACGUCAUGUGUAGUAAUUAUUCGAAUUAUUUCAUGUAAACACAGUUCCGUACUAUCUGAGACGAGAAACAGAAUCCUAAUCGAUAGCAUUCAAAAGCAUUUUCAGUUUUUGAUGCUUCCUAAAUUAUUUAAUAUGGAAGACGUUAAUCCCUUGGACACUUUUAAUAACGCACCUGUUUUCAACAAUAUCGAUUCAGUAACAGAAAUACACAGUGGUGAGAAAUCUUUAUCUUGUGAAACAUUUACUAAACAAAUAUCACCAGACAGAAAUAUUCCUGAAUAUUGUUGUGAGGUUUGUAAGAAAACAUUUUCUUCAGAACAGGAAUUCUUUACACACAAAGAAAUACACGACAGAGGAAAACCCUUCCACUGUGAAAUAUGUGGGAAAGCUUUUGAUUAUAAUAGUUAUUUAACGAAGCACAAAAGAAUCCACACUGGCGAAAAACCGUUUCACUGUGAAAUAUGCAGGAAAUCUUUUGUUAGUAAUUCGAAUCUUCUUAUACACAAACGUAGUCACAGUGGAGAAAAACCUUAUCAUUGUGAUAUAUGUGGGAAAUCAUUUAUGAUAAACAGUUAUUUAACAACACACAAAAGAAUCCACACUGGAGAGAAACCUUGCCGUUGCGAAAUCUGUGGGAAAUCUUUCUCUGAUUAUUCUAGUCUUAUAGUUCACAAACGCAGUCACACUGGAGAAAAACCCUAUCACUGUGAUGUAUGUGGCAAAUCGUUUGUCUCCAGCAGUAAUUUAACUAAACAUAAAAUAAUACACACUGGAGAAAAACCGUUUCACUGUGAAAUAUGUGGGAAAUCUUUCACUCAGAAUUCAAGUCUUGUAAUUCACGUCCGUAGUCACACUGGAGAACAACCAUAUCACUGUGAAAUUUGUGGGAAAUCUUUUGGAAAUAAUCGUGAUUUAAAAAGUCAUGAACGAAUACAUACUGGUGAAAAGCCGUACAAUUGUGAAAUAUGCGGGAAAUCAUUUUCCGUUAAUUCUUGUCUUGUGGUUCACAAAAGAAUCCACACUGGAGAAAAACCUUAUCGUUGUGAUAUAUGUGGAAAAUCGUUCUCUGAUUAUUCCAGUCUUGUAGUUCACAAAAGAAUCCAUACUGGUGAAAAGCCAUAUCAAUGUGGAGUAUGUGGUAAAUCAUUUAUCACGAAUGGUCACUUAAAAACACACACACAAAUACACAGUGGUGAAAAGUCUUUUAACUGUGAAAUGUUCAUUGCAUCCAGGACCCACAUCUCAUAGCCAUGCUUCUGUAGAAGCAUCCCCACAGCCUGCCUUUCUUUUAAAGAAAGAAGCCUUUUGUUACCAACAGAGAGAAGUCUUUGAACUUUCUCCAACCUGUUCUUAGUCUGGCUGUUAGACUUUCGCAAUAGAUCAAACAAGACUAUCAGAUGACAUUGAUAUUAAAUUAUUUCUUGCCUCAGCUACAUCAUCAACAUUUAUUAUCUUUUAAAGAGUAAAUUAUGGUGAAAUGUAUCUUCUGAAUUGAAAUUAAUAGCAGCAGUUCUAAUCUUGACUACCUGGAAUAUGUUCAGAUGAUUUUGAAUUCUAAUUAAACUUGAAAAAUGUUACAGAGGAAUUUGCAAUCCCCUUCAGAUAUCGACAAACAUCUCAAGUGAUGAAAAUAUAACAGUAGAAACACUUAAACAAAUAAAUAUAUAAAAACAAGAAAAAUAUCCAUAUAUUGUGGUGAGAGAAGAAUAAUUUUGGAAAGACAGAUUAUGUGUGAAACGUAAAAAUUAACAUUUUACAUCCUGAAGAAAUGCCAAAAGAGCUAGGAAAAUCAUCAUACCAUAAUGACAUCAGCAAAAUAUCAUUCUCAGAAAGAGGAAACCUAACUAUUCAGAAACAUAUUAACACAAGAGACAAACCAUAUCACUGUGAUAUAUGUAACAAAUCAUUCUCUGAAGCAAGUGUCUUAACUAGACACAAACGUAUUCAUACAGGAGAAACCCCAUAUCACUGUGAUACCUGUGGUAAGUCAUUCUUUCAAACAAGUGACUUAACAAGACACAAACGUAUUCACACAGGAGAAAAACCAUAUCGGUGUGACAUUUGUGGUAAAUCAUUUUCUCAAAAUGGUGAAGUCACUACUCACAAACGCAUUCACACAGGAGAAAAACCAUAUCACUGUGACAUCUGUGGUAAAUUAUUCUCUGCAACAAGUCACUUAACUACUCAUAAACGUAUUCAUACAGGAGAGAAACCCUAUUGCUGUGACAUCUGUGGUAAAUCAUUCUCUGUAAAUAGUGACCUGACUUCUCACAAACGUAUUCACACAGGAGAAAAACCAUUCCACUGUGACAUCUGUGGUAAAUCAUUCUCUGAAAAAGGUAACCUGACUACUCACCACCGUAUUCAUACAGGAGAGAAACCCUAUUGUUGUGAUAUCUGUGGUAAAUCAUUCUCUGGAAAAGGCAACUUAACAACUCAUAGGCGUAUUCAUACAGGUGAAAAACCAUAUCACUGUGAUAUCUGUGGCAAAUCAUUCUCUGAAAAUGGUAUCUUAUCUAGACAUAAACGUAUUCAUACAGGUGAAAAACCAUAUCACUGUGGUAUCUGUGGCAAAUCAUUCUCUGAAAAUGGUGUUCUAACUAUACACAAACGUAUUCAUACAGGAGAAAAACCAUAUCACUGUGAUAUGUGUGGUAAAUCAUUUUCUGAAAAUGGUGUCUUAACCAUACAUAGACGUAUUCAUACAGGAGAAAAGCCUUAUCACUGUGAUAUUUGUGGUAAACCAUUCUCUGAAAAAGGUAAUCUCAUUACUCAUAAACGUAUUCAUACGGGAGAAAAACCAUAUCACUGUGAUAUUUGUGGUAAAUCAUUCUCUGAGAAUGGUGUCUUAACUAUACACAAACGUAUUCACACAGGAGAAAAACCAUAUCACUGCGAUAUCUGUGGUAAACCAUUUUCUCAAAAAAGUCCCUUAACUACUCAUCUAAGUAUUCAUAUAGAAAAGUAAUUUAUCAAUGACAACAUUUGGAUCUUAUUAAACCCACUACAAGAAGUGUACUACUUAGUUUUUGUGGAACAAUAUGAUUUUUAUUCAUUUUAUUGUUGCUACAUCUAAUAAAUUUUGUGAAUAUUGAUGAUUCUUGUGUGAUGCUCCAGUAAUUUUAUCAACAUGCAACAAGCCUAUUCCACAUAGGAAAAUAUCUGUAAUCACGUGUGACAUUACACAAGUGGUUUUUUUGUUCAUAAAUUGAGUCAGUCAAA